AUGUCUUUGGAGAACCCCAACCUUCUACCUUACUUCAAUCCGAAAAAGGAGAGGCGAGUGGCUUUUAUAACAGGCGCCAACAGUGGCAUUGGUCAAAUGACCACGUUGCAUCUCUACAUGCAUGGUUACAUUGUCUAUAUGGCAGGACGAAGCAAAGCUAGGGUUGAUCAAGCAAUAAAGUUUGUUCAAAAGGAAGCACGACAUAGAAGGUGGCUUCCUGACCAAACGUUUGGGGAACUGAAGUAUAUUCACCUCGAUCUGAUGAAUUUGAAAAGUGUCGAACGUGCAGUCGUGGAGUUCAAGACACAAGAAAAAGUGUUGCAUCUUCUGAUCAAUAACGCAGGCGUGAUGGCUCUUCCUUUCUAUUUGUCUGGAGACAAAUUUGAAGUGCAGAUGCAAACAGACUACGUGGCACCGUUUCUCCUUACUCAAAGGCUAGUGCCCUUAAUGGAAACCGUUUCAGAUCCAAGGAUCAUCUAUUUAUCUUCAAUUGGCCACAACUUUUGUUUUCGAAGGUUCUCUCCAGAUUCACAGUUUGUGUACUGGCCUAAUAUAAUAUUCACAUGGUUUCGAUAUGGCUUGGCCAAAACUGCCGGUAUUCUCUACAUGAAGACGUUAGCCAUUCAACAUCCAAAUAUUCUUUGUCUUUCUGUCCAUCCUGGAUUUGUUAUGAACACUAACCUGUUCAGCCAUUUCACAAGGCUGCCUUUAAUUGGCACAUUUUUCUGGUUAGCUUUUCAGGUGUUUGGUUGGAUUUUUGGUGUCUCCAAUGAAGAUGGCAGCUAUUCAACUGUUAAUUGUGCAUUAUCACCUAAACUAUCUGCAUCCUCAGAUAACGGUAAAUACUUUACUACUUAUGGCAUAGAAACAACACCCAACAGGGUCGCACGAGACUUACAAUACGGCAAAAUACUAUGGGACUGGACUCAACAAGAAUUGCUCAAGAGGGGCUAUAAUACUUAG